AUGGCUUCUUCUACUAUCUUCUCAAGCGCACCUUCUUUAGCGAGCUCACUCUCCUCCACCAAACCCAUCAACCAUGCUUCCUCUUCUUCUUCUUCGCUGAGGCUCUCCUCUAGAUUUCUCGGAACCGGAAACUUGCUUCGGAUCCGACCGGCCAAACUCGGACCCUCCAAUGGGUCAAGAACCACUUGCUGGUUCAAGUUCGGCAAGAACGGCGUCGAUGCUGAAAGUGCAGGUAUCUAUGGCAGCCAGUCUCGUGAUGACUUCGACAAAGACGACGUUGAACAGUAUUUCAAUUACAUGGGGAUGCUUGCGGUAGAAGGUACAUACUCAAAGAUGGAGGCUCUUCUCAACCUAAACAUUCACCCUGUCGAUAUCCUAUUGUUGUUAGCCGCCACAGAAGGUGACAAACCUAAGAUCGAGGAGCUGCUCAGAGCCGGUGCUGAUUACUCGGUCAAGGAUGCUGAUGGAAGAACCGCGAUUGAUAGAGCCAACAGCGAAGAGAUCCGUGACUUGAUCCUUGGCUACACCGCUCAAAAGGCUUGA